AGGUUGAACGUGGGACAAGCAAAGUUGUCAAAAAACAGGUUUUUACAAAGUAUAUUACCAGACACUGGUCCAACAAAAAUUGUAUAUCAACAAUAAAAGAUGCCCCCGAAACAUAAACAGGCGGGGAAAAAAUUACCUCCAAAACUCGAACAAAAUUCGAAAGUUUUGAGUAGCACACUAAGCACGAUAUCGACAGAAUCCACGAGAAGUGGGCUUCCUCCAGAGGCAGAGGACAGAUUUGAAGUGGAACUUCUUUGGUGCAUUCAGCAACUGCAGUCUCUCUUAGUAGAUGGAACAAUGACAGAUAAACAAGUGUACAUUGCCAAUAAAAAUCUCCACACGCUUAAAAGCGAUUCAGCUUCUUUCAUUAAAAAGCGACAAAUAAUGAGAAACACGUUUGGCGACUACAGGGCGAAAAUGGCAGAAGACGAGAUAAAAUUUAAAAAAAGAAAUUCAUCUGUCAAAUUUAUUCCUUCAAUCGUCCCAACAAAAAAAUACUUAUAUUUAAAGAAAGCUCACAAUCACGACGAACCUCCUCUUUCGGAAAAGCAAACAAAUCAGGCUCAAAAACCUGCAACUUCUCAGGCUUCUACAAGGAAAUUAUUCACCUCUAAAGUAUCGAACAAGCCUUUCAAAUUUAAUUUUGCGAGUCCGGAAAACUAGAAUAAAGAUUUUAUACCAAA